GGGGAGUCAAAAGUCUUCACCUUUUUAUGACCUUGCUUUCUUUCAGCGUUCAUCCAAAUUAAUCAUGAAUAUAUAUUUUUUGUCCAGCAAAAACUUUGAUAAGGUAUGGCUGGAUUACGCUUGCGCUAAUGGAAGCCGCCGGCUAAUGGCUUCUUUCACUUUAGUGCGCAUGUUAUUCUCUAGCCGUAGCCGAGGGAUCCCGUACUUGGCCUGAUCGAUGCUUGUGGCGGCGCCCUUCCUUCCAUCAGACCCCGGAAGCACAACUACAUACGUGGUGUUUUUCAUGGGAUUUCUGAGAGGGUUUUCUUUUCAUGAUCAUGAUUGCUCCUGCCAUCUGUGUCCCAUUUUAACGCCCAUCUCGCCAUCAAGUAGCCCGUUUGCUGUGGUGUCUACACCCACAGUAGCAUGUCAUCUCCAGCCAUGGAAAACAUGAAGAAAUUCGCCGGCCAGGCUGGUGUGUUUUUUACACGAGCGAGGCAGUAUACAGAGGAGAAGCUUGGUAGUGCUGAGAAGACUGAACUGGAUGCCCAGUUUGAGAACCUGCAGCAGAGAGCUGACCGGACCAAACAAUGGACGGAACGCAUCCUGUCCCGCACGGAAGCGGUCCUGCAACCCAACCCAACCCGACGCAUGGAGGAUUUCUUGAAUACCAAGCUGGACCGGAAGAUGCAGGACCGUGAGACCAACCACGAGGCUUUCGGCUUGACAAUGAUCGAAGCCGGCAACGAGCUGGGGCCUGGCACCCAAUAUGGUGCGGCCCUCGUGCAGUGCGGAGGUACCCAGAAGAAACUUGGCCAAUUUGAGAAGGAGUUCAUGCAAGCCGCCAUCACCAACUUCAUCGGCCCGCUGCGUAACUUCCUGGAAGCAGACAUGAAGACCAUCACCAAAGAGCGCAAAAUCUUAGAGAACAAGCGACUUGACCUGGAUGCUGCAAAAGGCAAGCUUCGCAAGGCCAAAAGCCCCGAGUCGUCAAAGCUUCAAAACAGCGACGACUUGAUUCGUACAGCUGAAGCCGAGCUGCGUGUGGCCCAGUCCGAGUUUGACCGUCAGUAUGAAAUCACCAAACUUCUUCUGGAAGGUAUCAGCAGUGCCCAUUCCAACCAUCUCAGUCGACUGCAAUACUUCAUCGAGGCGCAGCAGGCCUACUUUGAGCAGUGCCAGAAGGCCAUGACAGAGCUCCAGAUCCAGAUGGCAAACAUUCCCGGGUCGCUGGGUAACAUCCGACCGUAUAACCCACCCCAGGCCGUGGGCAAUCCCUCGAGCCCCUCCGCCCCGCCUAUAGGGGGCGACAUACUGCAAGACAGCCCCACAGAUGCACAAAGUGGCAGAAGAAAGGCACGGGUGCUGUACGACUACGAUGCGUCAGACCCAACAGAACUGUCCUGUCUUGCAGAUGAGGUGAUCACAGUGUACAGCCUGCCUGGCAUGGACAAAGAUUGGAUGAUGGCAGAGAGAGGGAGCCAGCAGGGCAGGGUACCGCUCACUUAUCUGGAACUGAUAUCUUAAAAUGAAAGCAGUUUAAGAAAACCAUUAAGAUUUAACCAAAACAGAGUUUUAAAAAAUUUACAUUUUUUCAUUUUGCACAUAGUAAUUAGACUGACUAAGCUGUCUGAUAUUAGCAACCUGGGGACGAUUCCAGGGAGCUGCUUAGUGCAGGGGUGUGUUUUUGUGACUCCUGAUAUAACCAGAAGCAUGUUCGUUACAUCAAAGCGAUUACCAAAAACAUGUUUGAGCCCGUGCCAAACCAAAAACAACAAACAAAACAAAACAUUAAAACAGUACAUUAUAAAACCCAAAACCAAAGAACCACAAAAGAGUUACGUCAGUUGUCGUUAUGACAGAGCACAAGGUGGCAGGAUGUUAGUGUUGAUGCCAUUUCCAGUCAGUAUUUGGCAUAGUUUCUUUCCACUGCUGCUCCCUUCUGUCCCAUUCUCAGAACGCGUGCUCCCCUUCUGAUUUGCUGCACGUAACAUCAGAGUUGGAAAUACACGAUUAACACUGAGAGAAUGCCUGCUCAUUUUUCACCAUUUUGAACCGAUGACGAACCAGCUCCAAUUUUCAGGUUCUUGUUUGGUCAGUCAGGACGAUGACAUCACACAAGCAGAAUAACCCAUGCCGCAAAAAAAACACUCUAACCAAUGACCAGAACGGAAAGACAGGUUCAGGGCUGUCGAAAACACACCCCAAGAUGUUGCUGAAUGCAGAAGAUCAGCUGGUUACUGGCUGCAAUUUCCUGCACUAUAUAAUUCUUUGGCUAUUCUCUGCUGAGAAUGUCCCUGAAGAUUUGCGUCUUUUACACCACAAUCAUGGGGAUCCUAGGGGGAAAAGGGGGGCUCUUUUUCCCCUAAAAAAAAGGGAAGAAAAUGUAAAAGAAAAUAUAAAAAGUAUGAAAGGGGGUGAAAUUCACCUAUUUGCUCGGAAGAAAAACCUCAAAAUCGACCUCUUAUACUGUUAAUGGUUUAUAAGUGCAUCGUUGACCCCCAGAAAAUCCUCCCCCCCCCAAAAAAAAAUCCUGGCAGCACCCAUGUCAGCAAUGCUGAUGAAGCGCUCAUGUAAAGAUUCUCUCACUUUUGGCUGACGACAGCAGCAGUUGGAGGGGAGAUCUCGAAUGUGGACCUUAAUUUCUUCAGAAAUUGAAUCUGCAAAAACGGCCGAUUUAGAGCAACAUCACCCCACUUGCACAGAGGCUGGGGCCGACGUUUUUUGGGAUGGAUUUAUCUUUUGGAAUAGCCUAAAAUUAACAGCAAAUUAUCAGGAAUAAACCAAAAAAAUGAACGUAAAGUUGUUCUUGCUGAGUGGUUACUAAAAGAUGAGAUUUUAUUCGCUUUACAUAUUUCUUUUUUGGGGAUCAUCUGGCUGUGUGUAAAUAUGAAUUCUUUGUCGUUACUUUGCACUUUAUGAAUAUAUUUUAAUCCAGGAAGUCAAUAGUCAUUGAAGAAAUAAGUUAUGUGGAAAUGUUUGUGCAAAGUGGAGGCACCAGUCUCGUAUGGUGUGAUUAAGUCCAAGGUCGGAACCUUCAGUAGCUGAGAUGUCUCUUUCACUUUAGGACCAGUUUGUUACGCGCGGAUCCGGAUCGCAAUUAGUGAUCCGAAGUUGGUUCACUAAUGCCAGAUCGUAAUGGAUGGUGCUAUCCAGUACUGCAAUCACUGAUUGAGAUCCGAAUCUACGUUGUGAAACAAACAGGGUUAUGGGCUUUAUUUGAGACAAAUGCAAGGCAGCUGUCACAGGUCCAAAUACACUGGUCCCCCUGUUGCAAACAGGAAUCUUCUGUGCUUGUGCACAGGGGAAGGCUUGUAUUUGGCUGGCCCCCGGUGCACCUAUCCCCCUGUUGUAUUCCAUGCAAGAGGAUAUGGGUACCAGUGUGAUAGUGGUAUUUGCCAAUUUGUGCCUGGUAUCCAUGCACCUUUGUUGUUCAUUUGUAGCACUCUGUAUUUGUUACCAUUGAGGGAUGUCACUUGUGGGCAGAGUUUUCAAGUCUGGGACCUGGUAUACAAACAGGAACAUAACAUGAAUUUGUGCUGAAAAAUUGGGUUGCACUGUACAGUGAUGCCUUGGAAUAUUUGUUGGGAAGAACACCACUGUGAGCGCCCAUAUAAUCUAGGGAAGGUAAAAAGGUAAGGUGGUCGUUCUACAGAAGAGCAUUUAAAAGUUAUUCCAGUGACAUUUCAUAUUAUUUAAAACGAUUUCUGCUUUCAGAACAGUUUCACUAUUAUGCAUGCUUAGUUUGAUAUAUUGAAUGAAAACAGAACAAUAGAAUCUCGUAUAUACAUUGGACACUUUUCUUCGGCUCAUUGUGGUACAUGCUUAGAAACUAAUAAGUCAUGUUUCACUUCCAUUUUUGUUCUCGGAUGUGUUGGGUACAGUACAUCACAAUGUUAUUAAAGUAGUAGCUAGCAUGUACAUGUUGCACUGUUGGUUGUCACCUCAAAUGCAAGUUUAGAGAAUUUUCCAAUAGAGGGUUUGCAUGGCUGCCAUCUUGCAGGCCAGUGCUUUUGUUCCACAGGGUCUGCACAAAGGAAGUUUUCCCUGUAGAACAAAAGAACUGCCCUGCAAGAUGGCUACCAUGCAAAGCAUCAAUGCUUGGCACCGUAUCUGUCUCAGCCUUCACAUGAUAUUUAACCCCCCCCCCAACAGUGAAGUUGUUCCUGAACUUUGAACUCCAAGCAACAGAGUGAAACGUUGAAGUAUUUCUAGUUAAUUUGAACUGUAGAGGCCUACACUGGGGGACUGAUUUUCGAGACAGAGCUCUUGACAGAGAUGAAGCCGACUGUGAUAACUGCCCAUAAAACCUAUUUCAUGAAAGUCAUCCCCAGUUAACUGUGAAAUACUCCAAUCCAGUUAUGUUGCACUUUGCUGUAUUCUGGAGAGUAAAGCCGCUUUACUGUUCUAUGGCCGUGGUGUCCCAGUUUAAGUACAAAGAAUGUGCCAUUGGAGACACUAAAAAGGGUCCCUUGACAGUGUUUCCCAGGGAAACUUUUAAGAUGGAAAGGGUACCAUUCCAUCUGGAAUGUUAUUCAGGGGAAAUGAAUGAAAAUUUCCCAACAGAGGGUUUGCAUAACUGCCAUCUUGGUGUCAAGUCCUUUUGUUCCACAGGAUAUGCACAAAGGAGGUUUCCCUGUUGAACAAAUUGCCCUGCAAGAUGGCUACCAUGCAAAGCCUCUGUUAUGUACAUUUUAGGGUUUGGAUCAUGACUGCAGAUGAAGCUGGAAACUAAAUGUUUGAGUUUAGUGGCAGACAAAGUUUGUGACAUGAGGUCCGCUCCCUAAAUGCAUGGCCAUUUCAGACAAAUUUUUGAAGUCGUUUCAAAAAGCUGCUUGCCGUAGUGUAAUUUCUUCUUUACUGCUAGAAACAAUUGGUCUUCCAUUUCAAGAUGAUCAUAACCAUUAUAUUGAAACAGAUUUCUUAUAAUAACUGUGCAUUUAAGUACUGUUUCUAAGUUAGUCGCUGUUCUUAUUUGGGUACUGUUGAAAAAUUUCAUUCAUUUGCAACCUUUGUUCCAAACCUGAGUUCAACUUAAUCACUUCAGAAUGUUCAACUCUUGUGUUUUAUGUUGUUGUGCAGAAUAAUUUUUGAUAAAUGAUAUAAUAUAGUUUUUUCUUUUCGUUUAAAUUUGCAUUACUUUGAUUUAGUGUUUUCAAAGUUUUAUACAUGUGGUUGAAUUUUGCAUGAGCUUUUUGACGUAAAGAGCCAAUGUUACAUCGAGUAAAAUGCAUCAAUCAGGAUAUUUAAACCAAAACUUAAAAUUUUAAAUGCUGUGUAUUUGAGGCUAAAUAUAUCACACAAGCUCACGUUUCCCUGAACAUUUUUGAAAAUGCCGAUAUUCUGGGAAACCCAAUUAUGUCUGUGAAUGAGAUUUGGACCAAACUUUUUGAGCACACAAGAUGACCGUGCCUAAUGAAACCAGUAACCAGCAAAUUGUGCCACACGGCUUCAACUUUUGGUUGGAUUUUGGUUCACAAAAACAAUUUGUUUCUCUCAGCAGGUCUGUGAAACUGGGUCUAGCCCUUACACUUUGAACAUGCUGCCCCAAAUAUACUCUCUUCUCCUUCCACUCGUGAAUUUCCUGUUUCACAAUGUACCAUUAAACACACAAGUGCAAUUGUAUUCCAUACAUGACUCAGAUCAGUGACGUCGAGAAGUUGUAGAUGAAAUAUCAAGCGGGGCUAGUGGUAGUGCAAGUAGAUGAUCACGUGAAUAAAAAACCACACUAUUCCAACAAUGCGUCAAGCCGA